ACAAGCACUGCGGCAGCCACCUAGCUAGCAAACUCCUCGUCGCCGGUCCGACUUCAGUGCACGGAGCUCGAGCUCGCUAGCCAGCAAUGGAGGUGAAGGUGCUGAGCUCCAGGCUCGUCAAGCCGGCCUACAAGGCCGGCGCUCCGGCCACGGAGUACAUCCCUCUGUCCGUCUUCGACACGGUCACGUACCAGAUCCAGAUGGCCAUCAUCUACGCCUUCGCGCCGCCCGCGCCGUCCACCGCCGCCAUCGAGAAGGGCCUCGCGGCCGUGCUCUCCCAGUACCGCGCGUUCGCGGGCAAGGUCGGCGAGUCCCCCGACGGCGCGCCGGCCGUGGUCCUGAACGACCGCGGCGCGCGCCUCGUGGAGGCGUCCGUGGACGCCGACCUCGUCGACAUGGCCCCGGCCAAGCCCACGCCGGCGCUGCUCAAGCUGCACCCGGACCUGGACGCGGAGCACCAGGAGGUGGUGCUGCUGCAGCUCACGCGGUUCCGCUGCGGCUCCCUCGCCGUCGGGUUCACGUCCAAGCACGUCGUCGCCGACGGCCACGCCACCAGCAACUUCCUCGUCGCCUGGGGCCGCGCCACCAGGGGGCUGCCCAUGGGCCUCCCGCCCGUGCACCACCAGAAGGACCUCUUCAAGCCGCGCUCCUCGCCGGCUCGCCCGGAGCACGACCACCGCAGCAGGGAGUACCACCGGCCGUCGCCCGCCGCCGGCCAUCACCACGGGGACGACGGCGCCGAGAGCAACAUCGUCAUCCACAAGGCGCACUUCACCAAGGACUUCAUCGCGGGGCUCCGCGCCAGGGCGUCGGAGGGGCGCGGGCGGCCGUUCAGCCGGUUCGAGACCAUCCUGGCCCACCUCUGGCGCACCAUGACGCGGGCGCGGGACCUGAGCCCCGGCGAGGCGACGUCGAUCCGGAUAUCCGUGGACGGGCGGCACCGGCUGGGGAAGCCGGCGGAGUACUUCGGCAACCUGGUGCUGUGGGCGUUCCCGCGGGCCACGGUGGGCGACCUGCUGGGCCGGCCGCUGAAGCACGCGGCGCAGGCGAUCCACGAGGAGGUGGCGAGGGUGGACGGCGGCUACUUCCAGUCGUUCGUGGACUUCGCGGCCUCCGGCGCGGCGGAGAAGGAGGGGCUGGCGCCGAGCGCGGUGCUCAAGGACGUGGUGUGCCCGGACGUGGAGGUGGACAGCUGGCUGACGUUCCCGUUCUACGAGCUGGACUUCGGGACGGGGAGCCCCAGCUACUUCAUGCCGUCCUACUUCCCCACGGAGGGGAUGCUGUUCCUGGCGCCGUCCUACCUCGGCGACGGCAGCGUCGACGCCUUCGUCCCCGUGUUCCGGCACAACCUCCAGGCCUUCAAGGAAUGCUGCUACUCCAUGGAGUAGGUGUGUGGCCAUGCAUGCAUGGUCUAGCUAGCCAAGAAUAGAAUCCACCGGUGCAAGGAAGAAGAAAGAAUGUUACUACUACGUGCGAGAGAGAUGGAACUGCAUGCCAAAGCGGCGCGGUUGUUGGAUGUGUUGGGGUCGGGUUGGUGAGGGGUGGUCGAUUUUUUUUAGUUGUGAGUGACGACGCACUUUAUGGUGGUGUCCUCCGAUUGAUCGAUUGGUUUAUUUGUAUGCCCUGCUUGAAGUUAAUAAAAUGUUGAUGAAUUUUCUUAA